CAAUAUCAUCCAAUAUAUAAAAAAAAGCACUAACUGUCUAUCCGUUUUCGUCAAAUCAAAACAUAUGGUGCAAAUUUAUAUGGUUCAUGAUUUUUUAAUGAAUACGACGUGCAUUUAUUCAUCAUAAUGAAUAUUUUCUACAUUCUUCACAAUAUCAUACUGAUGUUUGCAAUAUCCGAUUGUGGGCGAAUUCAUAAAAUCCCGAUUAAUACAAAUCAAAGAGAUACGCGUCAUGCUGAAGGCGCAAAUUGUCACGGCACUUUACCAAACGCUUUACAGAAGAAAACUAUUGAAAAAACAAGUAACAUCGCGCAAAAGGCGGCACAGGAAGCGAAGGCCGCGUCCGAAGCGCAGAACAUUGCUGGUCAGCAAGCAGCGCGUCAAGUGAAGGCUCAACUGGCGGAGAAGGCGGUUCAAGCUGCAAAAGCCGCUGAGGCGGUCUUAUCGGGUAAGGAAGUAAUGGUCGAGCAGUUGCGGGAAGAAGUGAAGGAGGCACGAUCGGUAGUUCAAGAGGAAACAUCUUCCUUGCAACAAGCGCAGAUUAAUGUCAAUGCUGCGGUCCAAGCGGCGCGGCAGUCACAAGAUCAGCUGAAGACGUUGAUGAACGCGGUGCAUACAGCCAAAUCGAAUGCGGCGAACGCGCAGGCAGCUGCGAGUGGGGCACAGAGAUCGUUGCGAGAAAAAGAGGAGUUACUGGAAGCAGCCAAAAGGCGAGUGGACGAGCUGUCGAAUCAAUUGCAAAGCGCUCGGCAAGAUCUCGCGAACACAAAUCGCGCAGCGGCAAAAGCCAACGCUUCUGCACACGAGGCGAAGGCAAACGCCGCUAGGAACAAGAGAAGAUUGGCACAUCUCAGAAAAAUGCGUGCAACGCGCCUAGGUGUAGCGCGAGCUUCUUGAGAUACACGCAUCACAUUGCACAUCGAGACUUAAGCAAGGUUUACACAAUGCUUUUUACUAACAGCUAGUCUUAUUAACAAACUAGAAGACUAGCAGCUAAAAAAAUAAAUAAUGUAUAGAAUUGUAUUUUUUUAACUAUUAUAGUUUUCUAAUUUGUUAGAAGACCAGCACGCUAGUAGAAAAAUAAUCGUGUAAACCUUGUUAGUUACCAGCAAGAUUUAAAGUAAGUAGUUGUUAACUGAGCAGAGAUAAACAAAAAAAUUCUUUGUAGAACUUUUGAAAAUAAAAUAAUAAUUAUUAUUAUAUGUCAACAAUACAUAAUAUUACAAAUAAUAUAAUAAGAUUAGUGCUAUUAAUUCUUUGUUUUUUAUUUAAUACUCUUGAUAAAUAUUGCCUGUGUUUUGUAGAUAUAAGUGUUUUGUUAGAGAUUCAGGUGUUAGCAAUUCUGUUAAUAUUUACGCGUAAGUAUUAUAUUCGCGUUUCAUGGCAACAUAUAGCAAAUACAAAUUACAUAUCGUAACAUUUUUAUUUUCGGAAAUUUACAUAAUUUGGGAGAAAAAUCGCUUGCGGAAGAUUUAAAACAAAAAUACGAUAAUUUUUCUCGUGUAUAUAUUUAUAAAUAACUAUAAUUUUAAUAUAGUACGUUUAUGAUGAUGUUAUAAAUGUUGAAAGACCCGACAAAAAUAACAAAACUAGUAACAUAACAAAACUAGUAAUAUUGCAACAGAGAGCUAAGGCCGAUCAGACAAAAAUAACAAAACUAGUAAUAUUACAACAGGAAGCUAAGGCCGCCUCUGAGGAUCAAAUUGUCUCUUGAUCGAAAAUGGUCCGACAGAUAAUACUAAAAGUACAACUGUUCAAUGAAAAAAAAAAUAUUUACACAUUACAAUUUUUAAUACACAAUUAUGUAACAUUGUAUACGUGCUGACAUUUACAUUGAAAUCGUGACAUAGUUUGUGAACUAAAGUGGGCGUCACGCUUCGGUUAUUGCCUGCCUUUCUAGAAUGCCGCAAAUGCAUCCUGUCUGCACCUUCGCUGUAAUAUUAUAAACGCAACGGAAUUGCGUACUCGUUAUCUAAUUUGAAAAAAAGUGCUGGAAAGGAAAUGCACUUGAAUUAUCGACGCCCGUACUUUGACGGAUGAUAACUUAUUUUUCUUAAAUUACGAUUUUUCUCACGCGCAGUAAAAAGACUUUCUCUUUGAAUCCUUGAUUUGUAAAUCCUUGAUUUAUAUUUAGCCCUUUCAUAACGCGCGGCAUCGAUCACGCUCGUUGAUUCUGCAUUUUUAUUAUCCAAGAAAAUUGUGUACGUAGACAAUUGAAUACGACGCGGUAAACUUUUUAAGACUAUUUCAAGAUUUGAAAGCAAAAGACAUUUUAAGCAGACAUUCUUAUAUUUCGUUACCGCUUGAGAAUCAAUAACAAUUCAAACAGUAUUCAAACUAUCACUCGAAAUGUUUCAAAAUACACGUGCGCGCACUUACAUGUUUAUAUUGCCAUAUUCUGUAAUGUUAUGAGAAACAGUAUAUAACUAUGUAAAGUUGCAAAUCACUAUAUUUGAAGUGCACAGAUUUAUACAUACUUUUCAACGCAAAUCUCUUUCUCUCUUUCUGUGCGGGCGCACGCGCGCGUGUAUGCGUGUCAUUUACAUAUAUACAGACUAUAUUAUUAGUUAGAUUGCAUAUAAUGUGAAUCAUAAAAAAGAUUUAUUAUUUGCCCGGUUUAGCUCAACGUUUAUUUAUGUAAGAACUGAACAAAUUGCUUAUUUUUUUAUGUAAUAACGAUUUUACAGUUUGUCUCAUAACUGGCAUUUUGCGAGAACGCAUUUGCAACGAACCAAUAAAUAAAAUGUUAAUUA